AUGGCAGGACUCUACACCGACGAGCUGCCACCGCCAACACCUCCGCGCACUCCCCGUCGCGACAUCUCACCUCGCCCACCAUCAACAUCGAGCAGCAGACCUUCGUCUACCCACUCGAAAGACCCGUCUCUUCUCCAAGCCUCGACAUCAGUGUUCGCCCAAUCCUUCGGCACUACUUGGCGUAAAGCACUUGUCUCCUUGCCACGGAUAGUCCCAUCAUCGCUCACCUCACGGUACAUAUCACCACAGGGGCCAAGACCGUUCGUGCUUAAGUUGCCCCCAUCUCCGCCGAACAAGUAUAACAUCCCUGUUCACAUCUUCCUGGUGCUGCCAGAUGACCAUCAUGGUGGCGAAACGAUGCCUGUACCAGAAGACGGAGAUCGGCCUAGCGCAGCAAGUGCCGUUGCCGCCGCCGAGGAUCGUCGCGGUAGAAGAUUUCCGAGUCCACUCCGUGGCCACCGUCAUCGUCCACGAAAAGCAAGUCUAAAUGUCACCAAAGACGAGAAAGGCCAGCAAACACAGCGCCACACGGAGAGCCGUGAUGAAGACCCCGAUCUGUACGACGACGCGACUCCACUCGACCAACAAUUCGACCACCGCCUGAACAUCUCAGGCCGGAAACCAUUUUCCUCAAUGGUCAACCUCACCGUGCCUGACCACUACCCCGCCAGCCCGCCCUCUCCCGGACAACGCAGCUCCAGCGUGGACAAGCCACGCCCUGUAAGCAUGGACAUGCAACGGCCCAGCCAACGACCACCCCCCUCCCCACUGCCCACCACCUCCUCUCCUGUCGCUCAACGGUGGCAACGCCACAAGCGCAAAGUUCUCAACCUCCCUGUCCUCAUCGACUUCCAUGGCGGCAGCUUCAUCCUCGGCUCCCCCUCCGAACAAGCCUCCUUCUGCGCUCAGAUGGCGCGCACCUUGGGCGCCACAAACGGCUGCGUCGUCCUCAGCGUCGACUACCGCUUGGGACCCUACAGUAAAUUCCCCGCCGCAAAUGAAGACGCCGAGGACGUCGUCCGCGCCGUCCUCAAUCCCGAUAGCAUGUCCGGCCGCGUCCUCCGCGAGGAUAUCCGUCGGCACGUCUCGGACAUGCGGCGCACAGAGUGGAUCGAGCUGGACACAUCCCGACUCGCCUUCUCCGGGUUUUCCUCCGGCGGGAAUCUGGCUUUGAACCUCGUCCUCUCGAGCCCGAACGACCCUACACUCGGCAAUGGACGCGACUGGCCGUGUGUUAUCCCGCAAGACCACCCGACUCCAAUCCCCGUCCUGCUGUUCUACCCCUCUCUGGAUGCGAGAUUACUCCCUGACGAGCGCCCGCGGCCUAGCGGCUUGGAGCCACCAACAGGCUUCUUCGCCAGCCUGAAAAUCGAGAGCGAACUAAUGCCGAAAUACCUCCCCAAAGCCCAGCGCGCCCACCCCAGGGCUUCUCCUGGUUUGGCACCAGCUAGCCAAAUACAUCCGCAAGCACGAAUGCUGUUGGUGCUUCCGGAACUGGACUCCCUGUCUCAGCAGUCACAGACAUGGGUCGCCAAAAUGAGGCACGAAGGACGCGGCGCGGAUCUGGAAGUGGUUGAAGUGAAGGGGGAGAUGCACGGGUGGACACAGUUCCCGGAUCCGUGGCUGAAGACGGAGGAGAGCAAGAGGAGGAAGUAUGAGUGUUUUGAGCGGGCGGAAGGGUGGGUUGGGGGAUGGUGGUGGAUUGGGAGGGAGGGGAAGGAGCAAGGCGAACAUGCGUGGGACGAGGGGAGGAGAAGGGAGGAAGGAAGGGUGGAUGAUACGCUGUUUAGGAGGGUUGGUUAG